UUAACCAACUCUUGAGAGGGGUGAGGGGGGGAGGGUCGCAUUGUACACUAACGGGAAAGCAAGAAUAUGUAUUCCUCAGAGCAAAGUAUCUCCCACGACUGGUGAGCAGUGAAUUCCUUAGUCAGUUGAAUCGUCUACAAACAACACUAGAUGAAAGCAAGUGACCCAUAAAAUAUCGCUGGGCAUCACUCAGGAAGCAGAGUGCAAGAGGAUAGAAAUGAAACACAACAGGCAAUAUGGCUGAACUAGUACUCUGAAUGACAUCAGUGAGCAGGCUCGGUUUUUAGCGAGUAUUGAAGAUCAGGGGUCCUUCUCCAUUACUAUUAUAGAAGGUUGUGGGGCUGAGACAACAUUGUCCUCAUAAUGCCUCAACAAGCUUGCUCCAACAUCCUGGAUGGGCUAUACGAACUUCAUGAAACUAUUGGAUCAGGCGGAUUUGCAAAAGUGAAAUUAGCAACACACAUUUUAACAGGAGAGAAAGUGGCUCUUAAAAUAAUGGAUAAACGACAACUUGGGGAAGAUUUACCACGCAUUUAUUUGGAAAUUGAAGCAAUGAAGCAGCUGGCUCAUCAGCAUGUAUGUAAACUCUACCAAGUGCUUGAGACAGACACAAAAAUAUUCAUGGUUCUUGAAUACUGUCCUGGUGGAGAGCUAUUUGAUUAUAUAGUUGAAAGAGAUAGGCUAGAGGAGGAUGAAGCAAGAAUAUUUUUCCGCCAAAUCACAUCUGCUGUAGCAUAUGUCCACAACAUGGGAUAUGCUCAUCGAGAUCUGAAACCAGAGAAUUUGUUACUGGAUGAUGAUCAGCAGUUAAAGUUGAUUGACUUUGGACUUUGUGCCAACCCAACUGGUGGUCUGGAUCAGCAUUUAGCAACUUGUUGCGGCUCUCCUGCAUAUGCUGCCCCUGAACUUGUAUCUGGACGAUUCUACUUAGGUUCUGAAGCAGACAUCUGGAGUAUGGGAGUGUUGUUAUAUGCACUUCUGUGUGGCUUUCUUCCAUUUGAUGAUGAAAAUUUGGGAAUCCUCUACAGAAAAAUUCAGGCAGGUGCUUAUGAAAAUCCCGAAUGGUUAAGUCCCAGUAGCUGUGACCUGCUUGCAUCAAUGCUUCAAGUGGAUCCCAAAAGAAGAAUCAGUGUGAUGCAACUCUUGACACAUCCUUGGAUUGUUGCAGGUCAGCCACAUCCUGUGGAUGUAUCAUCUAAAUACAAGACAUGUGGUGUAGAUGAAGACGUAAUCACUGAAAUUGCAGUACAUCAGGGCAAAUCUAGAGUUGCAGUGCGACAGGCAGUUUGCCGAUGGACCUAUGAUUACCUCACAGCAACAUACUUCCUGCUACUGGCACAGAAAAUGAAGGGAAAACCCCUGAAACUAAUCUCAAAAGUAACAACUCUUGGAGAAAUAGCGUCUCAUAAGGCACCAGCUCGAUGUCUUAUAGAACAAUUAAACUAUGACAAAGACAAAAACUCUUCGAAUCACAUAGGCCCUGUAUCCAACACAAUAGGCAGCUCGCCACGAGGAAUGCACACAUCACUUGAGGGGGGACUCAAUGAUGUCGAUCUUCUCUCCAUAGGUCAGAAUUCUCCACUAAAGGAAUGUAGCACAGAAUUUGAACUCACACCACUAACAUCACCAAAGAAACGUCGCCCAUCAGUUAAUGAUGAGGAAAAGGAAAAUUUUGCUCAGCCACGAAUACCAACACCAGGGCACAAGUCUCGCAAGAAAGCUACACCAUCUACACCAGUACCUGUCAAGUUAUCACCAUCCAGAUCAGUAGAUAGUGGAUUAAAUGAAUAUUCAUCACCCUUAAAAUCUAGGCAUUUAGCGUCUAAUAACGAUGAAUGGGGUUGGACGCCAGAACGCACUCCUCGAUCUUCAAGAAAAGUUUUUGGCAGUAUUGAAAAGCGCUUAGAUAAAAUGAGAAACAUGCUUACACCUCGUAGAAAGCUGAAUACAGAUUCCGGUCCAUGCAUUGUAGAGAACAAAAAUUUGUAUAAUGUGAGUACAACAGGAAGUAGGAACCCUGAUAAGGUUCUUCAUGAUCUCCGGCAGGCACUCCUUAAUAAGGGCAUCCUUUGUAAUCAGAAGGGCAGGUACACAUUGCGUGGAAAGGUUCGUGACGAUGUCGGUGGUGCAAAGUUGAGCUUUGAGUUGGAGGUGUGUCGAGUACCACGCCUCGAUGUUGUAGGAAUCAGGCGCAAGAGAUUGAAAGGUGAUGCUUGGAUCUACAAGCGUGUGUGUGAGGAGGUGUUGCGGCUUGCUCAGAGUACCUCGUCCAACAACACUCCUACCUCCACGAAAAGUACUCCCAUGAAUGGGUCUUCUUGUGUUAAUCAAACCAUUGUUCUGGCUUAAUGUGUGUGUUUUUACAGUGAAGCAGGGGUGAUCAUGUACAGGUUUUAUAUGAAUGGGUAGGAAUAUAUUUAUGCAAGGGCAAAUUUUCCUGAAGAUACAAAUUAUAAUUACUGUGAUGUGCAGCUCAUUUUUAUCGCAUGCUUGAAAGCUUGAGAGUUGAGAUAAACUAGAGACCAGACUUUCAUUGAUCUCUUUAACUUGCCUUAGCGACUUUUAAUGGUGCAUUUAACUUGAUAAAUUAAUUUGAUUAUCACAUUAGGGAAGCAGUCAUGCAUUGAUUGUGGUUAGCAUUAAUGGGCAAGAUGUGUACCUUUUUACAAUGUCCAUUCCACAAAUACUUGAUGCAGUGAUGAUGUUGGGACUUGCUGCUUAGGCUGAUGCAAUGACCCAAGGUUAUCACUCCAGGCUGAAACAUGUUUUAAAUUUUUAAUACAAAUUCAUACACACAUUGCUGAUUAAUGACAUUUGCUCAAACCCAGUUUCACAGUUUAAAAUCAUAAUUGUAUAAAACAUUUUACUAGAUUCCUUACCUUUUCUCCCCAUUAUUCCUUUUUUAUUAAAAGUUUGUAAAUUUUUUUAUUAAAAAAAAAAAAAUACCCUAACAUUUUAUUGAAAUAAACCAAUAACAUGACUCUAGUUUUCAGGUUUUUAUGAAAUUCUUUGAAAUUUGUUAUAGGGAUUUAGUCAGACUUGGGUACAACCUCACUGCAAAUAACUCUCAAGGCCAGGCUAGAAAAACUCAGAAUUCAUCAAAGGUACAGACAGGGCCAUAUUACUGUAGAUGCUUUCAGCAGAUUUUUAAGUUGCUGCUUAUAGCUGUAUUUACCUAAAAUACAAACACCAAAAUUCUCACAGACUUCGUUGGUUUUUCUUUAAGUAUCUAAAAUUUUUGUUGUGUAUGGCAGUUGUAUUUUAUUACUAAGUGAGGAAUUUUAAGGACACAAAGCAUAGGAAUAAUCAUGGAAGAUGGAAGUCCAAGAAGUAAACCCAUCUGAAUCUGUAUCAAAUUAGUUUACAUUCAUCUGUUCUGAAGUGUAGAAUCUGUAUUAUUGGGUUGUCCGGUACCAGUGUGUUAACUUAUAAUUUGUUUAGCAAAAUACUGGGAUUUUUAAGCAUCAAUACCUGAAUAUGUACAUUGUACAUUAAAACAUUGCUGAUUUGUCACUCAUAAAGGAGCAAGAAAAGAAAAGCAAUUGAUUAACGUUGUUUUGUGACCAAAGCUGAAUUUGUCCAGAUGUUACCAGGACACUUGAAAGCUGGUGUUGUAAUUGACUUGUUAGGUCAGCCUCAAGACUUAGACCUAAAAAAGAUGAGUUAGAACCAUGAGACUGUAUUGACUGUCUUUUAGCAUGACAGUUAAUAUAAUGGGGAAGCCCUAAACUUGUAGGGGUAAAUGAGAAGUAGGUUUGAUCCAAGGAAGGGAAGGAUAACUUUAAUUCACUGGAUGAGAAGCAUUUUACCAGUAUCAAGAACCCCCAUUGCCUUCCUUUGAAAUAUGUUGUUCUGCUCAGUGAGGGUGGCAGAACUCCAUUACAAUAGUUUACUCUUCAUCUUGAGGUGUCAAACUGAUUUUAAUCAGUUUUAAUAUUUUUGCUUUUGUUACGCUCCCGGGUCUAAGGCCUUAAGCAUGUACUUUCUUAUUAGAGCAUAACAAUUUCAGACAGAGUUUGGGGGAUACUAAUAAUCUUCAAUAAAACUUACUUUAAUGAAGUAGUUGAACAGAUUAUAGGUAGUAGAUUGGCAGACAGCAACCGCCCUGGGAGGUACUACCGUCCUGCCAAGUGAAUGUAAAACGAAAGCCUGUAAUUGUUUUACAUGAUGGUAGGAUUGCUGGUGUCCAUUUUUCUGUCUCAUAAAUAUGCAAGGUUUCAGAUACGUCUUGCUACUUCUUACACUUAGGUCACACUACACAUACAUGUACAGGCAUAUAUAUACACACACAUCCCUCUGGGUUUUCUUUUAUUUUCUUUCUAGUUCUUAUUUUUGUUUAUUUCCUCUUAUCUCCAUGGGGAAGUGGAAUAGAAUUCUUCCUCCGUAAGCCAUGCGUGUUGUAAGAGGCGACUAAAAUGCCGGGAGCAAGGGGCUAGUAACCUCUUCUCCUGUAUAUAUUACUAAAUGUAAAAGGAGAAACUUUCGUUUUUCCUUUUGGGCCACCCUGCCUUGGUGGGAUACGGCCGAUGUGUUGAAAGAAAAUAUCUUUGUCAAGAAUGCUUACUGCACGUUAUACUUCAAGUUUCCUAGAUUAUGCCUCAAAAUACAUGGUUACAGAGACGUUAAAUCUAUAGAAUGUGACGUAUAUACAGGUACUCCUUCAGAGUAGAAUAUCUAGUCUUCAUACUAGAUCAGUCAGUUUUAUACAAUUUAUCAGAAUAUACAAUUGAGAAAAACAAGUCAGUCAGUCAGUUUAUAAGAUCAGAGCAGGAGUGUUGACUCGUUUGGCUGGUAUUUCCACACUGACUCCAGCUCUACAGCGAGCAUGAAGGUUAGGUAGAUCAAGUGACUAUUACCACCACCUGCUUGGCACAGAAAGGAGGAGGGGGGUUGUAUAAUAACCAAACAGAGUUCAUUGGUUUUAACUCCUAACCAUUACCUAUCUCAGGUACACAGACCAGUAACAUAGUAAUAGUAAUACACUAGAACAUAAGUGAUUGUGGCCACAAAAUUAUUAUUAUACAAACAAAUAAUCUUAAUAAUAAGGGAAAGGUAGUAGAGGUGCAACACUUUAAAUGUCAGUAAGUGGAUUUUCUGCAGCACAGUCAUAGAGCAAUAUUUGAAUAAAUAUGAGCAAUUUAAGAAUCGUGUAGCAUAAGAUGGAGUGAAUGAGAUUAAGUAAACCAUCUAUAUAACAGACCAGAACUACAAAACAAAGUUCAGCGACUCACUUCGGAAAUGACAGAGUUCAUUGGUUACAGAAUUUUCAGUUAUUGUUACUGUCAUGGCAAAACAAUCACCUUUCUAUCCACCACAAUUGCCAUUACUGGUUACCUGCUCUCCUCUAUUAGUCCAUUAUAUUGAGGGUUUACUCUUUAGAGUUUAAAGCCAUUGUGUUAUGCUGUUUUAUUUAUUCAGGUAAAUCUAAUUAAAAUUUUGUAAAUAUGUUAAGUAUAAAUAAUUGGAUUUUUUUUUUAAUUGCAAUUUUAGUUUUUUGGAAAUUCGAUACUAAUGCUAUGCUGAAGAAUACAAGUCACAAUACCAUGGCUGGAACAAUUCACAAAUAAUCAACAAUGAAGAGAAAAUUUUAAACAGCGUAUCAGUAAAUAUUUAUAUGACAUGUAUAUGUACGUUCAUUCCUAAAAAUAACUGUUGUAUAAAAAGCAUUAUGGAGAAACAAAAGUUGGAAUUUCGGUCUGAUGUAUACUAUAAAAAAAAUUUGUUAUAGGUAAAUAUACAAACGUUCUUUACCUAACUUCCUGGUUGAAUAUCUUUAAGGGUGAGCUAUUCAAGUUUGUUUCAAGAACUGAUACUUGACAAUGGUUCUAAACAGACUGAAACAUCUUUUCUCCAAAUCAUGAGUUAUUUGUGAAUUGCCAUCCUGAUACCACUGCUGUACUUAAGUAGCUGAAGAAGAGAGUAUAUUUUGAAUAUUAAAACCUUUAUUUAUGCAAUUAUUAUUUUGUUAUAACUUGUAGUAUAUUUUUAUCAAGUUCUGUAGAUGAUUUCUAGUGUAUUCCUCCCUUAAGGGUAUACUUUGCUCAUUGAACCAGUUAGAAUUCUGAUUAUGUAUAUAUAUAUUACAUUUUAAGAAAGACUUAAAGCAAGGUUUUUAUUAUCAAAUGCCAGCUGACAUGGGACAAAAGCUUAACAAAUGAACAAGUUUAUUUAAAAAUAAGAUAGACCUUUGUAUAAUGCAUUAUUUAUAUACUUUCUGUAAAACCAGUAUUAUAAAAAGCAUUGUGUACAUUGAAAAACUUGGGGAAACAUAGAAUUAAGUUCUAGGAUUCAUGUGUGUAAAAAAUAUAGUAAACAAAUAUAUAAAUGUUUUACAUGAUAGGA